AGCGCGGCGAAGGCGGGAUAUCCUCCAGCCUCCCUGGUUUCCUCACUUUCGGAGCCCACCCCCGCAGCCGUGAUUGACGUGCCGGCUGACCAUACAGAGAGGCGUGUGCCGGCGGCUCAGCCAAUGGUGGCGGGCCGGGCGAGCUGCGCCGUCAGUCGGGCCGGUGAGUGCGCUCGGUGCUGCUGUGGGCUCCCUCGUGGUCGGCAUGGCUGCCAUCAAAGCGUUAAACCCCAAGGCCGAGGUGGCGAGGGCCCAGGCUGCCCUGGCCGUCAACAUCAGCGCCGCCCGGGGGCUGCAGGAUGUGCUGAGGACCAACUUAGGGCCGAAAGGUACAAUGAAAAUGCUGGUUUCUGGUGCUGGAGAUAUCAAGCUAACCAAAGAUGGCAACGUGCUGUUGCGUGAAAUGCAAAUACAGCAUCCAACAGCCUCUUUAAUAGCUAAAGUGGCUACAGCUCAGGAUGACAUGACUGGUGAUGGCACCACCUCCAAUGUGCUGAUUAUUGGUGAGCUGCUGAAGCAGGCUGAUCUCUACAUUUCAGAGGGUUUGCAUCCCAGAAUUGUGACUGAAGGGUUUGAAGCAGCAAAAGAAAAGGCCCUGGAGGUACUGGAGCAGGUGAAAAUAUCCAAAGAGAUGGAUAGAGAGACUCUUAUCAAUGUUGCCAGGACAUCAUUACGUACAAAGGUCCACAGGGAAUUGGCAGAUAUCUUAACAGAGGCUGUGGUGGAUGCUGUUCUGGCAGUGAAGAAACCAAAUGAACCCAUUGAUCUCUUCAUGGUUGAAAUUAUGGAGAUGAAACAUAAAACUGAGAGUGACACAAGCCUCGUGAGAGGAAUAGUAUUGGAUCAUGGUGCUCGUCACCCGGAUAUGAAGAAAAGAGUGGAAAAUGCAUUCAUUCUUACCUGCAAUAUUUCACUGGAGUAUGAAAAGACAGAAGUAAAUUCUGGAUUCUUCUAUAAAAGUGCUGAUGAGAGGGAAAAAUUCGUGCAAGCAGAGAGAAAGUUCAUUGAAGACAGAGUUAAUAAAAUCAUAGCACUGAAGAGAAAAGUUUGUGGAGAUACCAAAAAAGGAUUUGUAGUAAUUAAUCAAAAGGGUGUUGAUCCAUUAUCGUUGGAUGCAUUUGCAAAAGAAGGCAUUGUGGCACUGAGAAGAGCAAAGCGAAGAAACAUGGAGAGGUUGACACUUGCUUGUGGAGGCAUUGCCAUGAAUUCUGUGGAGGACCUCACCCCAGAAUGCUUGGGACAUGCUGGACUUGUGUAUGAGCAUUCUUUGGGCGAAGAAAAGUUCACUUUUGUUGAGCAGUGCGACAAUCCACGGUCAGUGACACUGCUGCUGAAGGGUCCAAACAAGCACACUUUAACACAAAUCAAAGAUGCUGUGCGUGAUGGUCUGCGUGCAGUAAAGAACGCCAUUGAGGAUGGAUGUGUAGUGCCAGGUGCAGGUGCAUUUGAAGUUGCUGUAGCAGAUGCUCUGAUCAAACACAAGGCUAAUGUAAAGGGCAGAGCACAGUUGGGAGUGCAAGCAUUUGCAGAUGCUCUUUUGAUUAUUCCCAAGGUUCUUGCACAAAAUUCGGGAUAUGACCCUCAAGAGACGCUCGUAAAAAUUCAGACAGAAUACUCUAAAUGCAGUCAACUUGCUGGAGUAGACUUGAACACUGGUGAACCAAUGCUAGCUGGAGAAGCUGGAGUUUGGGACAAUUAUAAUGUCAAAAAACAGCUGCUUCAUUCAUGUACUGUAAUUGCCAGCAAUAUUCUUCUUGUUGAUGAAAUAAUGCGAGCUGGAAUGUCAUCACUGAAAGGCUAAAUGAGGAAUGGAGUACUUUUGAUAGCAGACUUUUCUCAGAGUCCAGCAUAUCAACUAUAAUACAGCUGACUGAAGUUGCUCCAAAAUAAGUAUAACUAAUGUUGAGGCUUUCCAUUCUGUGGCUGUAAAAAAAAAUGCAGAGGCAAGGUGCAGUUUCACCAAGCCAUUUAGGUGAUUUAGCAGUAAGACAUGCAUUCAUGUUUCAUGGUUAUUUAUGAUGAAUUUUGUAUCCUGCAUUCAAUUAAACAGUUUGGUUUCCUAAUCUUUGUAUUCAAGCCCUCAAUAAACUUGGUCAUUUUGCAAAUGAAA